AUGUUUGAUGAGAAGUAUCAAUCAUCUACUCUUGAGAGACGUCUGAUCAAAGCCUUAUGGAAGUUCUUUAAUGAAUUUAGAAGUGUACGUGGUUACAUGCCUAUUCGAGUUCUUCGUGAAACAAUCGAAACUAAAUUCCUCUCUCAUGUGCAACAACAUGAGUCUGAUCAUAAUAAUGAAUUAUAUAAAAUGCAAUUUCUUCAAGCUCAACGACAAUUUACUAAUCAAUUUGAUUAUCUUGUUGGUACUAGUACAGGUGGACUUAUUGCUUUUUGUCUUGCCGUUAAUUACAAUAUAUUAGAUAUGCAAAAAUUGUAUAUAAAUUUUUCUGAUUAUUUUAAACGUAAUAUAUUGGGUCCUUGGCUAUGGGCCAAAUAUGAUCCAACACCUAUACAUAAUAAAAUAGAUGAAAUUAUUAAUUCACUUGAAGUAAAUGGUAAACAAUUAUCAGCUGAUACUGCUACAUUAUUAGAUAUACAUAAUUUAUUGAAUCCUAAAAAUUCAAUUAGUGAUGAUGCAUUAGGACCAAUUCCUUUAACACCCACAAAUUUAUUAGAAUUUGAUGAUAUAAAAUCAAUCAUAUUAACUUCGGAUGUUGAUAAAAAAUCUUUUGUCUCAGAUUAUGAAUAUAAUCAUCAUAAACAACGUGAAAAAGUAUUAAUUAUUACUGCUUAUAAUACAACAGCAAAUAGAAUAAUGAUAUUUAAUACAAGUUGUUAUGAUCAUCUAUCAUAUCGUAUAGCAGAUGUAUUAAAAGCUACAAUGGCUGCACCUACUUAUUUUCCACCAUAUAAAAUGAAUAAAUGGAAAAUAGAAGAUGGUUUAUUUCAACCAAAUGGUCCUACUGAAAUAUUUAUUGAUGGUGGAAUGUUUGCUAAUGAUCCAGAAUUAGCAGCAUUAUGGGCAGUACGAAUGCAAUGGAAAAAAAUGGUUAAUUAUAAUUUAAUAUCUAUAGGUACAGGUUAUUAUACAGAACCAAUGUCAAUAUUAAAUCAAGGUGGAUAUAAAGGAUGGUUAUCAAAUGGUGGUUUAAUAAUUAAUACACUAUUUGAAGCUACACGUAGUUUUACUGAAACUUUGGCAAAUGAUUUAGCUAAAUUUAGUAAUUUGAAAAGAAUGAAAUUUAAUUUUAAAAUACAAAAAUAUAUGGAUUUAGAUGAUCCAACUUUUGUACCUGUAUUUGAUGCAGAAUGGAAAGAUUU